GAUAAUUCCUGAUGCAGGCAGUUCUGAAGACAGCUAUAAACAAAGACCACGGUUUCACGUGGAUUGAGGAAGUCACUGUAGUAACUACUUUAGAAGAACUAUUUAAUAUAUAUUACUGGUAAACACAGGCACAGAUAAACAAAAAAAGAGCGGAUGGAGACAGCGCUGAGGAAUUUACCUGGGAAUUAAAAGUAUUGUUUUAUUUUGCCAUACAGACCUGUAUACUUGAAUGAUUCAAAAUAACGAGAGAGACUGAAUUUACAUUUCACGACUUUUCAGAUAGUGUUUUGGGUGGGAAAAAUACAAAUAUAUUAUACCCAGAGUAUCGCAACAAGACGCAGGCAGUGACAGCUGAAGGCUUUUCAAUAUAGAAAUUGAUCUGUAACAUUUGUAGCGGUAAGGUUUCAGCGAUGAAGAACAGAGGCGGCUACUUUGUAGACAACAGGCUCAAGGAGCGAGUCAAACAGUAUUUGAGGAAGAGCACCAGCCAGUUUACAGACAUGUCAGUCAUGGCAGCUGAUCUGCAGAGAAUGUACAGCACAGAAUAUGGACGGCGGAAAAGAAAUGCAUUCCGGAUCCAGUUAGAGAAAGUGUACACAGUGUUAUGCAAUGAGUCUGACCUGUCAGCCUUAGAGGGGGAACACAUGGCUAAAAGGGCAAGGCAAAGCCAAGGAGCUGAUGGGGAGAAGGACAGCUUCAGUGAAGACUCCACAGACAGUGAUGAUCAACCUGAAUACCCGCCCACCAAUCAGAUGAACAACUCCCUGAUGUCCCUGUAUCGGAAGGGCACUCCGGAUUCUGUGGCUCCAACUCUACCCAAAGAUCAGCCAGCACACAGCAGCACCCCCAGGCCUGCCCCCUCCAAGACACCGAGGGGCACCAGGGUCUCUCAGGGCGGCUGGUUCAUCGAUACCACCCCCGGGAGGAUCGGGGAGGAGAAAGAGGAGAGCAUUCUCAUCGAUCUGUGUGAGGAGACUCGAGAGGCACCCAACCCUGAGAAGUCCCUUCUGGAAACAGAUAAGAAGAAAAAAGGCAAGAUGAAGAAUGGGAAGAGAAGAAAAGAGGGAGAGGCCAGCGGUAUAGACGGAGAGAUCGAAUCCAUUAUAAUGAACAAGAAAGUCAAGCUCAAAGCUCCAGAGCUGCAGUAUUCCACUCUGAAGUUUGAAGACGUAGGAGGCAAUGAGGAGACCAUGAAGGAGGUGUGUAAGAUGCUGAUUCACAUGCGCCACCCUGAGGUGUACCAGAAGCUGGGGGUGGUCCCUCCCCGGGGGUUCCUCCUCCACGGGCCUCCAGGCUGCGGGAAGACUCUGCUCGCUCAGGCCAUCGCGGGGGAGAUGGAGCUGCCAAUGUUGAAGGUCGCUGCCACAGAGAUGGUGUCGGGCGUUUCAGGAGAAUCUGAGCAGAAGCUAAGGGAGCUGUUUGAUCAAGCUGUGACCAGUGCUCCAUGCAUCCUGUUCAUUGAUGAAAUUGACGCCAUCACCCCAAAGCGAGAAGUGGCUUCGAAGGACAUGGAGCGACGAAUGGUGGCUCAGCUCCUAACCUGCAUGGAUGAUCUCAAUGCUCUUGCAGCCACGGCUCAGGUCAUGGUUAUUGGAGCCACGAACCGGCCAGACUCUCUUGACCCGGCACUGAGGCGAGCCGGACGCUUUGACAGGGAGAUCUGCCUGGGGAUCCCCGACGAAGGGGCCAGACUGAGAAUCCUGCGAACGCUAUGUCGGAAGCUGAAGCUCCCAGAAUCCUUUGACUUUCAGCAGCUGGCCCACCUGACUCCAGGGUACGUCGGUGCAGACCUGAUGGCCUUGUGCCGGGAGGCAGCCAUGAGCGCAGUGAACCGGGUCCUUAUCGAGAUGCAGGAGCAGAGCAGUCAGGCAGCAGCAGCGGGCGGGCAGCCUGACCUCGUUGGCACCAAGCCAGUGGAGCAAGAGCAACCCGCCGUCCCAAAUCAGCAACCAGAAACCAUAGAAGAGACAGAGCUGCGGAGGUUGCUGAGGCUGCUGAAGGACUACACCCCUCUUUCAGAGGAGCAGCUGGAGAAGCUCCACAUUGAGAUGGAGGAUUUCACCAGCUCGCUGUGCAGCAUCCAGCCGUCCGCCAAAAGGGAAGGUUUUGCUACCGUCCCUGAUGUCACGUGGGCUGACAUCGGCGCCCUGGAGGAGAUCCGCCAAGAGCUCACCAUGGCCAUCCUGGCUCCAGUUCGCAAUCCUGACCAGUUUAAAGCUCUGGGUCUCAGUGCACCAGCUGGGGUGCUGCUUGCUGGGCCCCCAGGCUGUGGUAAAACUCUGCUUGCUAAGGCUGUUGCCAAUGAAUCUGGUUUGAACUUCAUCUCUGUAAAGGGCCCAGAAUUGUUAAACAUGUACGUGGGAGAGAGCGAGCGCGCUGUGCGGCAGGUUUUCCAGAGAGCCCAAAACUCAGCCCCCUGCGUCAUCUUUUUCGAUGAGAUUGAUGCUCUUUGUCCCAGAAGGUCCGAUCAUGAGUCUGGGGCGAGCGUGCGUGUGGUCAACCAGCUGCUUACUGAGAUGGACGGACUGGAGACUCGCAAGCAGGUUUUCAUCAUGGCUGCCACCAACAGGCCAGAUAUUAUCGACCCUGCAAUCCUUCGUCCGGGCCGGUUGGACAAAUCGCUGUACGUUGGUUUGCCCCCUCCCCAAGACAGAUUCGCCAUCCUUCAGACCAUCACCAAGUGUGGUAGGAGGCCUCUGCUGGACACAGAUGUCAAUCUAGAAGACAUAGCGCACGAUAAACGAAGUGACUGCUUCACGGGGGCUGACCUGUCCGCUCUGGUCCGAGAGGCUUCUAUCAACGCUCUCCGGGGACACCUCUGUCUCCAGGCUCCUGCAGCAACCAACGCUCCAGUGGCUGAGAUCAGGGUUAGCCGGCAGAACUUUGAAGAUGCUUUGAAGAAAGUGAAACCGUCUGUAUCAAAAAGGGACCAGCUAAUGUAUGACAUGUUGAAGGAGUCACUGUGCGGAUGAAAUGCUAAGCGAGACCGCCCGGCUGCAACAAAAUACAGGAAAACUGGACUUAAUAAAAGAAGCUUUAUAUCAUGGCCCGGGGUUCUGACUAAGAGGUCCAGAAGGAGGUCUUAAACUUUGAUUUGUUAUCAAGUUUGCAAAAAAAAAAAAAAAAAAAAACCAUCUAACUCAUGACUGUUUUUACAGUUAGCUUACCUUGUACGUAUGUUUUUAUGUGUGUGUGUGUGUGUCUAUAUAUAUAUAUAUAUAUAUAUAAAAAAAAAAAAAAAGGAUGGGUUCACUUACUUUUUUCUCUUAUUUUACAUUUUGGUAAAAAAAAUGCACUGGGUCGAUGAAUACUUUUGCCAAUGAAAAGGUCAACUGAAUCCUUUUUAGUUUUGUGGUUGUAUUGACAGAAAGAAUUGAUUACAGCUCCUUCGCUGAGGUGGUUGCCUGUCCUGUGGAUUGUUUCUGAAGCUUCCAGGCACCACUCUAUAACGGAGAAUGAAAGGCUAGUGCAAAAUGGUAACAGGCUGUUGAUCCUCAUGUAAAAUUUCAGGGCUAACUUCUAUUGAGACUUGCUGUAGCAGCUAGCACCCAGCCCAUAAAAACCAAGGUAGACAGUAAUGUCAUGAGCACUAUCUACAUGUUUUACUGGUCUACAGCAGGCAAGUCAUUUUAUUAUUAUUUGUUUUAAUCCCUUGGCUUUAAGGACAGUCCUAUUCAUAGAAAUGCAUAACACUUAUAUAUAAACAAACCAAAAAAAAAAAGACAUUUGUUGGGAGGCUUUUAUUUAUAAUACUGAAACAUUUAUAUGUAGUUUAUGUAAUGAAUCUUGCAGGGCCCUUCAUGACCCAUGGUGGUGGUCUUAGAAUCAACACACAAGUCCUGUAUUGAAGACCACCAGCCUAUAUACAUUUAGCAGCCCCACUCCAUAAUAAUAAAACUGCAAAAAAAAAAAAAAAAAA